GAACCAGAGAGGAUGGCUGCAGGGACCCAGAGACCCUCAUCCCAGUGAUGGGACUUUUGAUGGCUCAGGAGUUGGUGACCUUCCAGGAUGUGGCUGUGGAUUUCACCCAGGAGGAGUGGUGCCUCUUGGACCAUCCUCAGAGAGAGCUGUACAAGGAGGUCAUGCUGGAGAAUGUCCAGAACCUGCUCUCUGUGGGAUUUCCAGUUUCUAGAGAAGAUUUGCCUUCCCCUUUGCAGGAAGGGGAAGCACCAGGGAUGGUAGAAGAAAAAGGUGCAAGGAGCUCCUGUCCAGGUGCAGAGACCAGGUUUGAAGUGAAGGAGAUGACUACAAAGGUGGACAUUCUUGUGGAAGAAUGUUUCUAUCAUAGAUUUCAGAGUAAAAAUGGUGCCUGUGACUUCAGUUUGAGAGACAUCUGUGGCUCUAAUACCAAGGUGGAUAAAAAUACUAAGAGUAUCUGGAAGUUUGGUGAAAUUGGAGAGGCCUUCACACAGUCUUCAGUCUUAAAUAACAGGAAGAGAAGGACUUCAUGGAAUGAAGGUGUUCAGGACAGUGAAGAUAAUAAAUGGUUUCCUCAACAACUAAAGGCUCAUGAGAAGUCUCUGCAAAUGCAAAUGGAUCAAGGUAAUCAUCUGGAAAUGGCCUUGAAUUUAAAUUCUGAUCUCAUUACACAUCAGAAAAGUGAUACUGGAGAAAUGCCUUAUGUAGCUGACAAACAUGGGAAGGCCUUCAGUCAGAGCUCUAAGCUCAUUACUCUUCAGAAAAUUCACAGUAGAAAGGAGCCUGUUGAAUACAAUGAAUGUAAAGCAACCUCCUCCCUUCACUCAUCUCUUCCUUGCCAUGCUGGAUUUGACCAUGGAAUGAAAAGAUAUGCAUGUCAUCAUUGUGGAAAGGCCUUUGCUUCAAACUCAGAUCUUAUUAGUCAUCAGAACAUUCACACUGGACAAAAGUUUUAUGAAUGUAAUGAGUGUGGAAAGACUUUCACACAGGAAUGGCAUCUUGUUGUGCAUCAGAGAAUCCACACUGGAGAGAAACCUUAUGAAUGUAAUGAGUGUGGAAAGACUUUCACACUGAGUUGUAAUCUUGCUAACCAUCAGAGACUCCACACUGGAGAGAAACAUUAUGAAUGUUAUCAGUGUGGAAAGACUUUCACAAAGAAUUCCCUUCUUGCUAAGCAUCAGAGAAUUCACACUGGAGAGAAACCUUAUGAAUGUAAUCAGUGUGGAAAGGCUUUCACACAGAGGUACCCUCUUGUUAGACAUCAGAGAAUCCACACUGGAGAGAAACCUUAUAAAUGUAAUCAGUGUGAAAAGGCUUUCACAGAGAGAUCCAGUCUUGUUGCACAUCAGGGAAUCCACACUGGAGAGAAACCUUAUGAAUGUUAUCAGUGUGGAAAGGCUUUCACACAGAGCUAUGCUCUUGCUAAGCAUCAGAGAAUCCACACUGGAGAGAAACCUUAUGAGUGUAAUCAGUGUGGAAAGGCUUUUGCACAGAUUUCCAGUCUUUCUAACCAUCGGAAAGCCCACAUUGGAGAGAAACCUUAUGAAUGUUAUCACUGUGGAAAGGCUUUCACACAGAGUUCCCAUCUUGCUGCACAUCAGAGAAUCCACACUGGAGAGAAACCUUUUGAAUGUAAGCAGUGUGGAAAGGCUUUCACAACAAGGUCCACUCUUGUUGCACAUCAGAGAAUCCACACUGGAGAGAAACCUUAUGAGUGUAAUCAUUGUGGAAAGGUUUUUGCACAUAUUUCCGGUCUUUCUAACCAUCAGAAAGCCCACAUUGGAGAGAAACCUUAUAAAUGUUUUCAGUGUGGAAAGGCUUUCACACAGAGUUCUCAUCUUGCUGCACAUCAGAGAAUCCACACUGGAGAGAAACCUUUUGAAUGUAAUCAGUGUGGGAAGGCUUUCACAAUGAGGUCCACUCUUGUUGCACAUCAGAGAAUCCACACUGGAGAGAAACCUUUUGAGUGUAAUCACUGUGGGAAGUCUUUCUCAGAGAGGUCCACUCUUGCUAAGCAUAAGAGAAUCCACACUGGAGAGAAACCUUUUGAAUGUGAUCACUGUGGCAAGACUUUCACAGAGAGUUCUAGUCUUACUAAGCAUAAGAGAAUCCACACUGGAGAGAAACCUUAUGAAUGUAAGCAGUGUGGAAGGGCUUUCACAUUGAGCUCUAAUCUUGCUGCACAUCAGAGAAUCCAUGCUGGAGAGAAACCUUAUGAAUGUGAUCAGUGUGGAAAGGCUUUCACACAGAGUUCCAGUCUUCAUAAGCAUAAGAGAAUCCACACUGGAGAGAACCUUUUGAAUGCAAUCAGUAUGGAAAGAAGUUCAGAUGCAGCUCCAGUCUUGCUGUGCACAGAAGGGAAUCCACACUGCAAAGAAAUCUUAUGAACAUAAUUAAUGUGGUCAAACCUUCAGGCAAUAACCAUCUCUUACUUCCCAUCUGAGAAUUCCUAUUGUAUAGUAUAAGAAAAUCAUGGGCUUUGCCGUGAGGUUGAAGCCAUGAGCCCGGGUCGAACAGACUUAAAGUGGCAAGGGCAAGAAUCAAAAAGAACUUAAGGGGACAAGAGUGCAUGUCAAAUAAAUUGUAUUCCUCAAUGAUCAUGCUUGGAGUUAGACUCAGAAUAACAUGAGUCCCAUAAUGUCAUAUGCUUUUCAUCCUUAAGUUAGUAUUACACAAAUGGAUUUUGCUAUAAGAUGCUUAAUAACAAAAGAAUUAGGAUAGGUGUAGUGCCUUCAGAACUCCUUAAAACAGUGGGAACAUUUUUACAUUGAUUAAAUAUCAAACACAGGUAAACUCAGAUUUCCCAUUUUAACAGAAUUUUUUUUUUAAUUUGACAUCCAGAUAGAAGAGAAAUUGCUUUUCCACCAUAGGUGAUACAAUAGUUCACCAAUUAUAUCAUAAGGAUUUUUAAAAACAUAGUACCUUCAAACAUUAUUUGGAUUUUUAAAAAAAUUUGAAACCAAAUCAAUUAAUUACCAGUCAGGUGUUCUUAAUUCAGUUGUAUAUGCUUUUACACAGAAACCUUAA